AUGAACUUUGCGGUGGGAUUCAAGCCCAUGCUGGGGGACUCGCACAGCAUGGACAGCCUGGAGAAGCAGCUGAUCUGCCCCAUCUGCCUGGAGAUGUUCAGCAAGCCCGUGGUCAUCCUGCCCUGUCAGCACAACCUGUGCCGCAAGUGUGCCAACGACAUCUUCCAGGCUUCCAACCCGCUGUGGCAGUCGCGGGGCUCGAGCUCGGUGUCGUCGGGGGGGCGGUUCCGGUGCCCCUCCUGCCGCCACGAGGUCGUCCUGGACCGGCACGGCGUCUACGGGCUGCAGCGCAACCUGCUCGUGGAGAACAUCAUCGACAUCUACAAGCAGGAGUCGACCAGGCCCCUGCACGCCAAGGCAGAGCAGCAGCUGAUGUGCGAUGAACACGAGGAUGAGAAGAUCAACAUCUACUGCCUGAGCUGCGAGGCGCCCACCUGCUCCCUGUGCAAGGUGUUCGGGGCCCACAAGGACUGCGAGGUGGCCCCGCUGCCCAGCGUCUACAAGCGCCAGAAGAGCGAACUGAGCGACGGCGUCGCCAUGCUGGUGGCUGGGAACGACCGCAUCCAGGCCAUCGUGACCCAGAUGGAGGAGAUCUGCAAGGCUAUCGAGGAGAACAGUCGGCGGCAGAAGCAGCACCUGAGCCAGCGUUUCGACUCCCUCUACAGCACCCUGGAGGAGCGCAAGAAGGAGCUGGUGCAGCGCGUCAGCCGGGAGCAGGAGGAGCGGGUCAGCCACGUGCGCUCCCUCAUCCGCCAGUACGGGGAGCACCUGGAGAUCUCCGCCAAGCUGGUGGAGUCGGCCAUCCAGGCCAUGGAGGAGCCCCAGAUGGCCGCAUACCUGCAGCAAUCCAAGGAGCUGCUUAAAAAGAUCACGGACACGUCGAAGGUGUCAAUGAGUAGCCGCCCGGAGCCCGGCUACGAGAAGAUGGACCACUUCUCUGUCAAUGUGGACAACCUGGCCGAGAUGCUGAGAACCAUCGAAUUCCAGACAGACUCGCUGGGUGAGGACGACAUGGACGGGUUUGCGGGCGGGGAUGGAGGAGACGCUGGAGCCGACGAGGACAGGCCGGAGGGGCCAGAGGCGCUCGAGGGGGCCGAAGCAGUGGGGCCCAGGCAGAAGCCAGCGAGCUCCCCGCAUGGUGCUGUGUCUCAUGCAAUUUCCUCUGGCGGCAGCGAGCAAACAGGGCUGGAGCAAGCAGGCGGCCGGCAGCGUGGGGCUGUGUGCAAUUACUGCCGUGAGCUGGGCGAUGCGCCCCCGCCUGCCCCCGGCGCUGUGCCUGCAGCAGCCCACGCCGGCUCCACAAACCUGACCCCGGCCCUGGAGCCGCCGGAGGCCCAGUGA